ACAACCAGCAAACCACAACACUUGCAAACCUCUCUCAAGCAGCUUAGCUCCUGCCUCCUCCUUCUGUGAUCACUUCUUGCAAACCAAUCGAGUCCUCAACGAGGUCAAUGGGCAAAGAGGUGGACGUGUCCACUCUCGAGGCCGGCGGCGCCCGGGACUACAUCGACCCGCCGCCGGCGCCGCUCGUCGACGUCGACGAGCUGGGCAAGUGGUCGCUGUACCGCGCGCUGAUCGCCGAGUUCGUCGCCACGCUGCUCUUCCUCUACGUCACGGUGGCCACGGUGAUCGGGUACAAGCACCAGACGGACGCCGCCGUGAACGGCGCCGACGCGGCGUGCGGCGGUGUGGGCGUCCUCGGCAUCGCGUGGGCGUUCGGCGGCAUGAUCUUCAUCCUCGUCUACUGCACCGCCGGCGUCUCCGGCGGGCACAUCAACCCGGCGGUGACACUCGGCCUCUUCCUGGCGCGGAAGGUGUCCCUGGUGCGCGCCCUCCUGUACAUGGCGGCGCAGUGCCUCGGCGCCAUCUGCGGCGUCGCGCUCGUCAAGGGGUUCCAGAGCUCGCUCUACGACAGGUACGGCGGCGGCGCCAACGAGCUCGCCGCCGGCUACUCCACCGGCACCGGCCUCGCCGCCGAGAUCAUCGGCACCUUCGUGCUCGUGUACACCGUCUUCUCCGCCACCGAUCCCAAGCGCAACGCCCGCGACUCACAUGUUCCCGUGUUGGCUCCGCUGCCAAUCGGGUUCGCGGUGUUCAUGGUGCACCUGGCGACGAUCCCGAUCACCGGCACCGGCAUCAACCCGGCCAGGAGCCUCGGCGUCGCCGUGGUCUACAACAACAACAAGGCCUGGAGUGAUCAGUGGAUCUUCUGGGUUGGGCCGUUCAUCGGCGCGGCGAUCGCGGCGCUGUACCACCAGGUCAUCCUCCGUGCCAGUGCAAGGGGCUACGGCUCCUUCCGGAGCAACGCGUAGUUGAGCUCGUCUGGUGAUAUCCGUGGUCAAGUCGGCAUUGUUUGGGCUCUUUCUCCUUCAGAGUUUAAGGUGAAUGGAGAGAACAGAGCACCUGUUCGUCAGUAGUAGAAGCAGCUUCAGUUUAAGUGAGAAGCCCUGCAGUGUGGUGUAUGUUUCAGUGUUUGCAAUGCAAGUGUAAACUCUGUCCCUCUGUUGUCUUCAUGUUUCUAAGAAUCUAAGUGAACCAAAAGUCAAUAAAUUGAGGUGGUAGAGUUGAAGUGAUCAA